GCUUUCGACGGUUAAAUGUAGGUUUGGUUUAUCAAAAGCUCCAAGUAAAUUAUAAGUUAAAUUAACUACUGAUGUUUUUUGGACGAUGGAAAUCAAGUUAUAAUUAAAUUUAAAACAUGUCAACAUGCCUACUAUUUUGGUCAUUCUCCUAAUUAAAUCAAGUUAUAAUGGCUCGUAUAACGAAUUUUUCUGGCUAGUACAGGUGCUGGAGCGACCGAGCCCAUUGGCACGAAAUAUGAUACUGCAGAUACAGCCCAAGAUUGAGACCAAAUACUUGUAGUCAUUAUACAUUUAAAUUUCAGCCCAAAAAAACUCUAGAGGAAUUCAGAUUAUACUUUUGAAUUUGAUGCAAUAGAUGGGGAUUGGACAAACAAGAUAACCUUAUCCAUCGAUUUCCAAUGGAGAAGCAGCCACGUCAGACAUAAGCAAAUAUGCCAAAAAUUUCCACCUCUCAUUCUCCUACCGUUUCCAUUGCCGUCUCUCUCAAAAGUGAAAAAACAUACGCACCAUAACCAUUUCCUCACUCUUCAAAGAAGUUUCCCCCGAGUUAGCAAUUUGCAAGGGAAGCAGAACCAGGAGAAAGGAAUGGCUUCAACUUCAGCAAUUUCAAUGGCCGUACCACUAACUCACGCCAGCCAGAAGAGAGUGGUGCCUAGCUCUGAGGCAUUCCUCAAGGCACCAUUGCCUCUGCGGCCUUCAAAAGCUGUGGCAGCGUCAAAACCCAAUGGAAGGUUUCAAGUGAGGGCGUCCAUGAAAGAGAAAGUUGUGACAGGGUUGACAGCAGCUGCAUUGACGGCUUCAAUGAUGGUUCCGGAUGUGGCUGAAGCUGCUGUUACACCUUCCCUCAAGAACUUCUUGCUCAGCAUCGUGGCUGGUGGAGUUGUGGCUGCAGCAAUUGUUGGUGCCGUGAUUGGUGUCGCCAAUUUCGAUCCCGUCAAGCGAAGCUGAGGCCCUACGGGGAUUUCUAGAUUUUCUCUCAUCAUUAUAUGUAUCUGUAAUGUUCUUCAUUAAUGAACUCUGUGUUAUGUGUAAUAGUAAUAUCUGACUCUUUGGCCCCACUUGAGCAGAAGCUUUCCAAUUCUUACAAUGUAAUUUCCAUUUUGGCAUAUCAUAGAAACAUAUUGCUUACAUGUUACUGCUGCAUAGGAAUCAAAUUUAAAAGUACCCGCAUGAUAGAUAACUUCUUGAAAUAAAUAAUCCUACUAAAGGACGCUUUGAGGAUGGCAUCUGAAGCAUGAAAAUCGCGGACAAAAAAAAAUUAAAUGGAACGGAUGAAAGAAGAAUUGUGAUGAAAAAUCAACAACAGAGAUGUUGUGGAUAUAUGAGCGUCCGCUGCAAAACGCUCGAAUUAAAAUAUUAUAGAACUUUGAGAUAUGAAGGCAUCCACCAAUAUAUGAAACAGAAUAGUUAGAACUUGAAUUAAUAACUAAAUCUAGGUUUUGCAACAGAUAACAUGGUAACUCAAGUACUGAUGACCGAUUCUAUGGUAAAUUGUAUACUAACAGUAAAAUGAAGAUGCUGAAACCGAAUAACAGUUACUGCCUAGAGCCUGCAAAACUUUGAAACCAAAUCAAGCAUGUAUCUACUCUCCGAAGAAUAAUUCACCUUAUCUGCCUUAAUUACUGUAAUCUUCACCCUCUGCUCAUCACCAUACAAUUCCUCUUUAAUUUUUAGCCUCAAGAUAAAUUGGUUGAAGAGUCUACUCUUGAUUAUUCCUCCAAACUUCUCAUCAUCCUGCUUCUCAUACUUCAACAAGUACAUCUCCUUUGCUGAGUAACCCAAAAUCUCUUCCCCUGAUUCCUGGAAAGCAGUAACCCAAGUUAUUCCAGAAUGAUCCAGAAUUUGAGCUUGAAGAAGAUAUCGGUAAUCACACUCCUCAAACUCUUGGUUGCAUCUAUCACAUUGCCAUCUUGUGUUUCCUGACCUAUUCACCUUCUUGUUGCACUGCCGAUCUCCAAUCAUCAGAGGGCAAGCUGUGUAACAAAAUGUAUCAGUCUUGAUGAAAGAUAUUGUUGCACUCACUGUUAUCCAAUCUGGCUUAUCUGACCGCCCCAGACCUUCAUCCUUGAUCUGAGAGACGGUUUUUCGUACAUCAUACUUAGGUCCUCCAGGUAUAAUGUCCUUCGAAAUGGACAGAGAUGAAGAAUCUUUUCCCACUUGAUCAAACCAGUCCCUUAAGCUACGUGCCUCAGAGAAAUCUGGGUUUAUGAAAAGCUGUGUAGCAGAAAUAGUCCCUAUAGACUUCCCUGUGAAGUCAUUAACCUUCCCAGCUUUGACUGCCAGAAUUGGGAAAAACCCAGCAUCGACCAUCUCAUGCAACUUUUGGCCUUCCCUGUUACAAAAUUCACCCCAAAGGAUUAGCUCAACAUUCCUCCCCGAAUUGUCCUUUAGAUUCAAAAUUCUUCUUUGAGUUUCCAUUCCAUUCUUCCUCAAGAUAGGAACUGAUGGAUACACGGAUGUCACAACGGCAAUAACAUCAAGUAUGGAAUUAUUGUCAACUUUCUCAACAUCACUGAUAGGCCUAAAGGAAAACUGCUGUUUAGGUAUAGAACCAUCUUCAUCUGGGCAAAGUUCAACAGCUGAAGUCAAAUCCAACAGUAUUUCCCAUUCAUUCUUCAAAUGGUUGAAGUUCUUCUGCGCAGGUUUCAGGCUACCUUUGGAUAUCAAGUAAACUCUACCAACUUCAAUUGCAUCAUAGAAUCGAUCCACAACUGCAUUAAAGCUGGUUACCCGUAUUUCACCUCCAUCAGAAUCAAGAAGAUCAAAUGAGAAGACCUUCCCAUCUCCCCGGGCAUUAUUAUAACGGCGCAAAUCCCCUUUUGCAGUUACCCUUGCCUUGAUGGCCCACCGACCUUGAUAAGGAUUUAAAGCAGCUAUUGGAAUAAUACAAGGCGGGGCCUCAUUUUUCACAAUCGCACCAUGACUUCUGUAAACCGGAGGUUGAACAGUUGGCCGGAAAUUCUGCACAUUACAACUUCCACUUUGAGCUGCCUGAUGAUAAUUAUUACUCCCGGAUGAGUCUUGCUUAUUGUUAUUAGGUAAUGCUCCUUGAGUUGCCAAAUCAGAUUCCACAAAUGACUUUGGAUUUCCAAUGAUCUCGCAAUCUGGUAUUAUAGUUUCCAAAUUGAGCACCACAACAAUCCUGUACAAAGAGCACAGGGUCUUACCCCACACCAAGGCCAACCUUACCGUGACAAGCAGUUAAAGCAUAUAAAUUAAUUUUAUAGGAAAAUUCUAAUGUCGAAAAGCUAGGUUCCUUCCGUAACAUGUUUUUGACUCCAGCAUCCACACAAACACUUAAACAACCAGUGAUAAGGUUUUGUCAAUCUAUACCGAGGUUGAAUUUUUUACUUCUCCCAAAACCAGGUAGAUGUUAUUAGUAUCUGAAGUCCAACCAGAAUAAAAUUCCGAUUCCGGAGAAAUUAAACUUCAAAUAUAAUAUGACAUAUUAUAUAUAAUCAUAAUUGCAGUAAUCGAAUAUGAAAUUAAGCGUAAGAAGGAGACUAACUUGCGAUUCUGAAUAGGACUGCAAAUGUAGUCGAUCAGCUGAACAACGGAACCUUUCUUGACUUGACCGGUUCGGACUCGGUCGUUGAGCUGAGUCGCGAGCAUGGCUUGCUGAGAGGAAACGGCGUCGGAAAGCAAAAUGCGGUACCUCUCUUGCUGCAUACUGUUUCGAAUCAACUUGAUAUCAAGAACCUGCAACAGCGGCUUCGAGUUCAUGUCGCCGGCCACUAUCGCCGGGAUCGCAUUCGGCGUUAAAUUCACCGACAUAUUCCUUUCUGAAACGAAAAGAGAGAGAGAAAGAGAUUUUGGAGGGAGCAAAGGAGAGAAAUCAGACUCUGCGAUGUGGCUUUCGAAAUGAAAUGUAACGACAUAACAAACCGACGUUAUAAGGCCUACAACUUUUUGGGCCGGACCGGGCCUAACUACAAAUUCCGAUACCCUCAUAGUGAGUUACGAGAGGAAAGAA